AUGAGUGGAAAGCAAAAUCUCUCCCCCCGGCUGCCUCGCUCAAAUAGCACUCGCAACCUCCCCCCACCGCUCCUACCUCCCACUCCCUCCACCGCCAAUGAAACAUCAAACGCUUUGGCGGGAAGUCAAAGUGUUUCAGGUGACACGCAGCAGCAGCAGCAAAAUGAGGUGACCGGGCCCUCAUCACCUCUUCGCGGGAGAUCAGCAUCAUCACAGCGGCAGUUGGAUGACCGAUAUGGCGACGAGUUCACAAAUGCAACACCGUCCGUUCCCGAAAUCUCCGUGACCCGAGCACGGUCCGAGUCGUCGCAUUCCAUGGCGCUCUCGAAAGAUCGCCGACAGACGAGCAAAACGCGUGGGAUGGAUCCACUGGCAGCUCACCUGGAUGGCAGUAGCGGUGGCGGCGGUAGCGGAUCCUCGCCAUUCGCAACACCCGAUCCGUCGUCAGAGGAUGAGGCUGAUGCUGGGGAUUCUGGGGCUGGGAAACAUGCAAGGAAGAGCAUGCAUACGGCACAUAGCACUGGAGUCGACCGGACGUUGGCGCCUGGGAAAACAAAGAGCAAGAAGUCAUUCUUUCAAAGGUUCAAGAAAGAUAAGAAGGCAGAUGGCGGACAGUUGGAUAGCGCGCUGUCGUUGAUGGAUUUCGAUUUCAUGUCGCUGGAUGAUCUCGAGUCGGAGAAGAACAAACAUGCCAGACAGCCUGUGAAAGUGAAGGCGAAUAGGAAGCCGAAGAAGGAGUUUGAGCAGCUCACGCGGGUGGAGGUGUUGGGAGGCGAUACCAUGACACUCAUGGACGACGAUGCAUCGGGAAACCGCGCCAUCUUUUCAGCGGUAGAUGUAGAUGCAGAGAUCAAAGGGCCAGUCUGGGCAUUACGCUUCAGCGAUUGCGGCAAAUACCUCGCCGCAGCUGGCGAAGACGGUCUCCUGCGUGUUUGGAUCCUAACCGCAGCAAGAUCUUCUCGCCAUCACGCCCCAGCCACAGCCUCCACCGCCGGAACAGGCGCCGACCUCGACUCCUCUCUCGACGAAGACACACACAACUCCAGUCUUCGAACCACAUUCACCCACUCCGCAACUCUUAACCCAACGCCCACCGCCCCACGUCGCAUCUUCGAAGAACGGCCUCGCCGCGUCUACAAAGGUCACACGGCCGCCAUCCUCGACAUCGCAUGGUCGCGCAACGGGUUCCUCGCCACUGCCUCCAUGGACAAGACCGUGCGCAUAUGGCAUAUCGACCGAGAGGAAUGUCUGUGCUGCCUCAUGCACGAUGGGUGCGUCACUAGCGUCCGGUUCCAUCCCACUGAUGACCGGUACGUGUUAUCCGGAUCGCUGGAUACGCGGAUCAGGAUCUGGUCGUUGGAGGAGAAACGUGUCAUGGCAUGGAACGAGACGCCGAAUAGGACGUUUAUAACUGCUGUGUCGUUCACGCGAGAUGGCACACUUUGUGCGGCUGGCACAUCCACGGGGGACUGUAUCUUCUACGAAACGGAUGGAUUGAAAUACAACACCCAGAUCGAAGUCAAGUCCUCAAAGGACAGAAAUUCGAAAAAGAAGAUCACGGGAAUCGAACCUUGCCCGCACCCCUGGGGCGGCGAAGAGGGGCUCCUUGUAACAUCCAACGACUCCCGCAUCCGGCUCUACCACGUCCGCGACAAGAGUCUUCGGCGGAAAUACAAAGGCUUCGAAUGCCGCGCGUCGCAGAUCAAGGCUGCCUUCUCAGACGAUGGCCGGUUCAUCAUCGCCGGGUCAGAGGACCGGAACGUAUACUUGUGGAACCUCCUCCCCCCCGCGGCGUGGCCCUACCUCCCAACCGGUCAAACAAACAGUCAUUCACAACACAGUAACAGCAGCAACACACCGACCACAAGCACGACAACAGCACCCACGCCAACAGACCCACCCCACCCCUCAGGCCGUCUCGCAGGCCUCAUGCACUGGCAAACAGAUAUCGGCCGCUCGGCAUCCUGGGAACGGUUCCCUGCGGGUACCGAGGCCGUCACGUGCGCUAUGUUUGCACCGAAGGCUACACGGGACAUCGUCUACGGUGUGGUUGAUACACUCUCACCUGCAUCAUCCCAUCCGGAUACGACACCCACACCAUCUUCGCCCCCACCGCAACAUCAACACCAACACCCCAAUGCCCGCGCAGCGGCUAUCGCAGAUUUCCUCGACUACUCAACCGAAAACACCGUCAUCGCCGCCGCUGACAUGAGUGGCCGGAUACGGAUAUUCGAAAACAGACAUGAUCCUUCUGCGUCCGCGCACACCCGGACACAUCACGGAUCGCUGUCAAGACCUCAGUCGACGAUCAUCCCGCCGGUGAUACGCGUGCGGUCGCCCGAGGAGGAGGAGGAGGAAGGGGGGGAGAUGGGGUUGUGGGAUUUGGGGAGUGACGGGACGGAUGAGGAGUUUGGACGGUGGGGGCAUGGGAGGGAGGGGAGUGGGGCUUCUAGUCGGUCUGAAGGGUGA